AUCAAAAAUAAAAACUGCACUCGCGCGCGCUCAUGUGUGUGUAUGUGUGUGUGUGUGUUAAGCUGCAUGUGAACUAACAGGAAACAACGAGCAAUUAAACAAACGACGUUAACGCGGACGCAGGCGCAGGCGCAGUCGCCAUCGCCGCCACAGUCGCAGUCGCAGCCGCAGUCGCAGUUGCCGUCGCUGUUAGAACCAUGAAGCCCAAGACUCGCUAAUUGAGGUCGUCGCUAGAUUUCGCAGCGCACAAAUCGCACGCCAUUUUUUAGUAUGCUUCAGAAAUAUUACGAAACAUUCUAGAGAAAGAGAGAGGCGAACAACAACAACAAGAACAAGAAACGAUCCAGAAGAACAAGAAACGGAAACGGAAACGGAAAUAGAAAUAGUUCAAAUCUAGUGAAAACACGCAGCAAACAGCCUGAACGAAAGUGAGAAAGAGAGAGAGAGCGAGAGAGUGAGAGACAGAGAGAGAGAAAGAGUGUGCGAGCCCGCCACGCCCCAAAGAUGAGCAGCAUGAAGGGCGGCUUCACCACACUCAAUCGCUGGUUUGGCCGCAAAAAGGACAAAUCCGGCGUUGCGAGCGCCAACGGGAAACUAUCGAAGUCCACAACACAGCUGCACCAUCUGUCCACGGACCAGGGCAUGCACAUCAAUGAGGCUAGUCAGCUGGAUUAUAAUCGGAUCACGCCGCUGCCGGCGGCGACCAGCAAUGCACCCUUCGAGCAGACCUUUCGCAUAACCGUGCUCCUGCCCAAGGAUCAGCUGUACGUGACCCGACUGGGCGCCCGUGUGCCACUCAGCAAGCUGCUGUCGCUGGUCUGUGACAAUAAACAAUUGGAUGCCGAUAAAUACGAGUUUCGCAAUCCAGUGGAUGCUAGUCAGGUGUACAGCUGCGAGUCGACGAUCGGCGCGGUGGGCCUGUCGGAGAUCCGUUUGUGCCACAAGUCGGAGUCGUACGACAGCUUCAACGCGGACUCGAUGCUCAAGUUCCAGCGCACGGCCGCCGCACGCGACUCGCUGAGCAGCAGCUCGGAGUUCAGCAGCAGCCGGCACUCGCACACGCAUUCGACGCACUCCAAGCUGCCGGCCAAGACGCCCAGUCCGUACAGCUCGAGCAACUCGCUCAACUCGAUGGACUCGACGGGCAUGAACUAUACGCGCACGCCCGUUGUGGUGCCGCCCAAGGCGCUGGCUCCGCCGCCGCGCAAGAAACGCGUGGCGCCCCGCCCGCCCAGCCAGCUGGUCAUUCCGGAGCAGUCCGUCGCCCAGUUCAGUGCGACGCCAACGGAGCCCGCGUAUGCGGUCAUUGUGAAGCGCCCGCAGCUGUGCAUGUCCACGCCCAAUUUGGCCAGCACGCCGGAGCUGGACGCGGAAACGGAAAGGGAGCCCUCGCUGGAGCUUGACUGUAACGGGAACAGCGCCAAGACGCCGGAUGCCGCCGACAGCGGACACUAUGCCACAGUUGAGCUCAAGCCGAAUCCAAUGCCCACUCUGCCGGAGCCUACGCCGCGCAAGCGUCUGCUGCAGCUGAAGAAGAAGGCGGCGCCAGCACCGCCGCCCGAUCUGGCGGCCGCCGGAGCAGCAGCGGCAGCUGCGGACAGCAUAUCGCUGGCCUCGACAACGGCCUCCAUGACAGAAGUGUUGACUCCGCCGCCGGUUCAGCCGCAGCCGGCGCCCAGAAUAACCACGCCCAUACCCAUGGCUAUGAACUCGCCUUCGACUCCUCCGAGCCCACAGCUGCCCGAGGAGGCGCCGGCCUUGCCGACCAGCGCGGCGCCACAGCUGCCCGGCAAUGGCAAUCAGAAUGUGUCCAAGGUGCUGCUGAAUCGCACGCCCACGCCCACGCCGGAGCCGCGCUCGCUGGGCAGCGCCACGGAGGAGGAGGAGGAGGAGGACAACAACGAUGCCGCCUCCAAGCAGGCUGACUCGGGCAUAGGCGAGCCGCUGCCCUCGAGCACGCCCUCACCCGAGCCGGAGCCCGAGCAGGAGCCUGAGCCCGAGUCACAGCAGCUGGCCACGCGUAAAUGCCAGAUCGAGUCUAGCUCGGAGGACGAGGAGGCCAUCAAGGUGUACAAUUUCAAGACCUCUUGCGAGAGUUCGCUCAAGAUCAAGCAGCAGCCCGCAGCGCCCACAACGCUCGCCGAGCUGAGCGUGCUGACGUCUCAGCAGCCGGAGACGGAGGACGAGCUGACCGCCGAGGAGCAGCACUCGCCCCGGGCGAAUGGUGCCUCGGCGACGCCCAGCAGCGCCAGCGAGCUAACGUCACUGUCGUCGUGGAACUAUGCGGUGCCCAUAUCGCCGCCGCCGGACUUCUCGGAUGGCACACAGGCGCUGACGCGGCCCAGAAGCACGGCCAGCACGCCGCUGGACGAGAUUGUCGACGAGCUGUCGACCAUCAUACAGCAGCAGCGGCUCGACACGCUCAUCCGCCAGCCGCCCGACCAGCCACAAAUCGAGGCGGCCAAGCCGAAUCGCCUGGCCAACUUUAGCAUAGCCGCAAUUGGAAACGCAACUGGGAAAGGAAAUGUAAUUGAGAAUGGCAUGAGCACGGCCAGGAGUAGCUCCAGCAACAGCAGCAACAGCUCGCCCACCAUCACGCGCGCUGACUCCUUCCAGGCGUCCUCCGCCUCGCCCAGGCACAGCGGUCUGGGCCUGGGUCUCCGCCUGCGCAGCUCCUCGCAGCUCUCCCUGAACCGAAUCGAGCUGAAUGGAAGCCUGCAGCAGCAGCGUCGCUCCUCGAGCGAACUGAGCAUCGCCGAGUCGCCGUCGCUGCAGAGCCUCGAGCUGAUCAAGAAUAUACUGAGCAAUUCGCGCAAGAACAGCCUGGCGGAUACCCAGCCGGAGUCGCAGCUGGAGCCGCAGCCGGAGCCGGUGCCGGUGCCGGAGCCGGUGCCGGAGCAGAAGCCACAGCAGCAACAGCAACUGGAACAGUCAGAGAAACCAAAGAGUAGCCCACAAGCAAACACAGUCGUGUCCACAGUCGUGCCCACAGUUGUGCCCACAGUUGUAUCUACAGUCGUGUCUACAGUGGCGUCCACAACUGUGUCUACAGUCGUGUCCACAGCUGUGCCCGCUGCCAAGCCCCUGGUCACAGCUGUGUCCACGCCUGCCUCCGCCACAGACUCGACCGACGCCUCGGCCCGCAGCAGUCCAGUUCGGGAGGCAGCCAGAACUGUCAUCAGCCCCGAGCCCAAGCCGCUGCCGCCGACAUAUCGCUACUCCGGACCGCCCAGCAUCAACUUUGCCACUUGGAGCGAACGGCCCAAAUCGCAGGUGGCCAUCAAGAACGAGGGCGAUUAUAUUUAUGGCGGCGCCAGGGCAAGUGCAGCGCCGGCCAAGCUGACCAUUGAGGUGGCCUCGCCCAUACUGCGCAUGGGCAUUCCGCGCAAGGAAUACCAUGUGCCCAUCACAGUCAAGCCGCUGCGCGAUGCCAGCCAGGAGCGAGAGCAGAAGAUGGAGACGCAGCUCGAAAGGCAGGAGCAGAAGCAGGAGGAGAAGCAGGAGCAGAAGCAGGAGGAGAAGCAGGGGGAGAAACUCGUGGAGAAGCAGGAGGAGAAACACGUGGAGAAGCAGGAGCCAAGGCAGGAGCUAUUCCGCGAGUUUGUAAAGCCCUCGACGCUGCCGCGUCCGGCGAGAAGCAAUCGCUACACGCUGCCCGCUGGCGUUCCGGUGGCCGGCGGCGUUUCGACCAACUCGCUGCCGCGACCCAACGCCACGCUGGAGAUGGAGAGGGAGAGGGAAAGGGAGAAGGAGAAGGAGAGGGCGUCGCUGCAGACGGAGCCAGCGGCAGCGCCUUUCGGACAGAAUACGCUGCGGCGCACGGGCUUCAAGGAGCGCAUGCUGGCCAAGGAGCAGCAGGAGAAGGAGCAGGCGCUGCGUGUGCGCGUCUCAGUCAAUGGCAUGGCCACGCCCACAACAGCAGCAGCAGCAGCGACUUCGCCGCCCGCCACAGCCGCAAAGCCGACGACGACGCCAACGCCAACGAUCUUGCGCAGCAGCAAACUGGAGCUGAAGCUGGAAACGGGGGCGACACCGACGCCGACGACUGCGCUGCUGCAAGUGAAGCUGCGACCCACCAGCCAGAUGGCCACCACCAGGAGCUCGGCGACGCCCACGCCCACGCCGCCAGCGCCGCCGGCGCCACCAAUGCUGGCCAAGGCGCGGCCCGUGCGCAGCGGGAACGCCCUGACGCCGACGACGCCGGAUCCGCGCGACCAGCUGCUGGAGGCGAUACGCAACUUUAAGCGCGGCGAGCUGAAUCGCGCCUGA